AUGGGGGCUCAGGGACGUGACCGCGUCGGCUCAUGGUGCGUCGCGCUGGAGGAGUUGAUUAGUUCGCUACGAAGCAUCACAAGCCAGCAGAAGAUCCCAAGUACUCUCAUCACUGGCCGUCAAGAUCUAGGCUCCAUCCCGCACUGUGCAACACAAAUUCGGAGGUCUGGUACUCUGGUGCGCACGUUGCAGAGGAGAAAAAGGAAGACCACAUUUGGAGAUGGCAUAGCAACAGCAGCAAAUCCCUUAGCUCCAGUUCACUGUUAUAUUAGAAGGAAUUCUACAUUGUUUGUAAAGGAGCACUUCAGCAACACGAAGACCGAAAGGCGGGAUGCAUACUUGAGCACCUGUUUACCCAGGAAAUUAAUAUCUGGCACAGGAGAAUCUAUAAGAAAAAUGACCGGGGUAGAAGCUGCUGCCAUAUCUGCUUUAGUAUCUGGAACCUUGAAGGUUGUGGGCAACAAAUUAGCUCCACUACUAAUCAAAGAGUACAGCUCUAUAGUGGGUGUCAAGGAAGAUCUCCAGGAGCUCCAUGAUCUUGUUGAGGGGAUCAACUUUUGGCUGGAAAAAACAGCAGAAAAUUCUAUUGGAAGUACACAAUCAUUUCCUUGGCUGAAAAAGUUGAAAGAUAUUUCUUAUGAUGUUGAUGAUGUUGUUGAUGAGUUCCAGCUAAAGGCUGAAAAACAUGACUCCAAUGGUGACAGUGGUAUUGUGUCCAAAUACCUGUGCACAAUACCAAAAUCAUUUGUUUUUCAAUGCAACUCAGCCAACAAGAUCAAGGCAAUCAAGAAGAGAUUUGCUGCAAUCGUGAAGCAAAGAACUGACUACCUAGCAAUAACAAAUAGUGUGGAUCCUCCUGUUCGACUUACGAACAUGAGAACAAAGGAGGUGACAUCAUUGCCUAAUGUUGACGAGGCAUUAGUAGUUGGAAGAGAUAAAGAUAAGCAGGAGAUAAUAUCCAUGCUUGAAGAGAAUGAUGAUCAACAGAAAAUUAAGAUAGUUUCGGUCAUCGGGCUUGGUGGGUCAGGGAAGACUACCUUGGCUAAACUGGUUUUCAAUGAUGGUAAUAUUAUAGAGAGGCAUUUAUUUGAAGUUAGACUAUGGGUUCAUGUGUCAAAAGAAUUUGUUGUCAAUGAUCUCAUCAAAAAAUUGUUUGAAGCUUUUGCUGACAAUAAUCCAGGAACCCAUGCCUUGCCUUAUAUGAACCAAACUAUCUCGGACAAGUUGAAGGGCAAAAGGUUUCUUCUGGUAUUGGAUGAUGUUUGGACCAACUCACGAGAUGAGUGGGAAGAAUUCAUGGUAUGUCUAAAGGUUGGCGCACCUAAAAGCAGGAUUUUACUUACUACUCGGAACAGAGAAGUUGCGGUAAUAGUGGGAUCCACCAACCAAUUUUACUUACCAUUCUUGUCUCCAGAUGACAGCUGGAAACUAUUCCAACAAAGCUUGGUAACACCUCCUACUGGUUGGGAUUUUGAAGAGGUUGGGAAAGCGAUUGUGGACAAAUGUGGUGGGGUGCCACUAGCAAUUAAAGUACUUGCAGGUGCUCUCCAUGGGAAGGAGCGGAUAGAAGAGUGGCAGGAUGUGAGAGAGAAAAAAUUAUUGAAUGUUGAUGGUAAAGAAGAUAGAGUAGCUGCAUGCUUAAGGUUAAGCUAUUCCCAUCUGCCAUUUAAUCUCAAGCAGUGUUUUAAAAUAUGUUCAUUGUUUCCUAAAGGUCAUAGGAUUGAUAAAGAACAAUUGAUUGACCUAUGGAUUGCUCAUGAUAUGAUCGCUGUAGAGGAUGGUGUUGAUUGCUUGGACUUGGAGCAUGUUGGCCACAACCACUUUGAGUCUCUUCUGCAAGUGUAUUUCCUACAAAACGCUCUCUGA